AUGGUGCUCCUCGAAGUGAAGCAGUCCUUCUCCUUGUCUAGCAAUGAUCCCUCCAUGAUACUGCCGUCAUGGCAAACUGACAAGGACUGCUGCAGCCACUGGGAGGGUGUCACCUGUGACAAGGCCGGGAGGGUCACCGCUCUCAGCCUGUCGAACUGCGACCUCGCAGGGCCAAUUUAUCUUGGUGACAGAGUAAAACUCAAUAAUCUGGAGUCCUUGUAUCUGAGCUUCAAUUCUCUAUCUGGAAGAAUUCCUCUAUCUUUGUUCACACAUCCAGCACUUAGCAGGCUAGACCUCAGCAGAAAUCAAUUUUCGGGUGCUCUUGGAGAAUUCUCAAAUCCAUCAUUGACGUUAACUGAAGUCAUCUUAAGUGGCAACCACCUAUGCGGUCCAGUUCCUAAAUCAUUUGGUUGGCUUGCAUCUCUUGAAAGCCUGAGUCUUGACCACAACUACUUCACAGGAAGUGGUGGUGGGAUUUAUGCUACAAGUCCAGAGAGUGAAGAAUGGUUCUGUCCAUACCUGCUGGUGGUUGACAUUGAAAUGAAAGAGCUGUACAUUGAUGUGUCUGAAAUCCAGACUGACUUUGUGUUGAUUGACCUUUCUCACAACAGAUUCCAUGGUCUCAUCCCCACGACCAUCGGAAAGCUGAGUUCACCUCCAAAGGAUCCAAAACCAUUCACUCCACUGGCGUCAAAAUCUAAGGGUGAGCGGUUUGAUGACAUCAUGUUGCAUUUGUUCAUUGGAUUGGGAUUUGGUGGUGGCUUCUCAGCGGCAGUCAUGGUGAGACUGGUCUAUAGUGGCAGGUGGUGGCACUACAGCAGCUUCCCAACUCUAUAUUGA